AUGUCAUAUACGAAGUGUGAUACUAUUUCAUUUGGGAGUGAUAAUUGGUGCCUCAAAUUACAACCGCUUUAUUCCAGAGGUCUAUUAUCAGCAUUAAGCAAUGGCCAUGUCCAUUUGAUUGAUUGGAAUUCGCUUACUUCCAUACAAGAUAUACCUGUACAUGGUACUUCAAUAUCUGCUUUAAAAGUACUGGAUAACGAUGUCGAUUCAGGAAACACGUUUGUGACGGCCUCUGAAGAUUCUGUUAAAAUAUUUGACCUAAGAUUAAAUCAAUGCGUUGCCACUGUUCAGAAUGCGAAGAAUUCGCCAUUCAUAUCGUUAGACUCUAGACACGGGAUGCUUGCAUGUGGCACAGAGCUAUCAGGAACUGAUGCUGAAAUACAUCUGUAUGACUUAAAGAAAAUAGAUGCGCCGAUGAGAUCAUUUUGUGAUUCUCAUCAUGACGAUAUUACUGAUAUCAAGUUUCAUGCAAGUGACCCUAGCGUUCUAUUGAGUGGAUCUACUGAUGGCUAUGUUAAUGUAUAUGAUUUGAAGCAGCAAGAAGAAGAAGAGGCCUUACAUCAGGUUAUAAACUUUGCCAGUAUUCAUUCAUGUGGCUGGCUUUCUCCUAAAAGAAUUUGGGCACUUUCUCACAUGGAAACUUUUUCCAUCCAUGAACUAAAUGAUAAGUCAGAUGAAUUGGUCGAGCCCAAACCGUUAGAAUUUGGGGAUAUCAGGAAACCAUGGAAUUGUGAUUACGUGGUUGAUAUUUUUCCCGGUUGUAUAAUUACUGGUUCGACACAAGAACAGAGCAUGUUGCAAUUGCUGCCUUUUUCGAAUGAGGAGGUUGAUACCACAAAUUCAAUAAUAAUUCCAAGAGCACAUGGAGACGAGGUAGUUCGGGAUGCUUUAAUCCACAAGACAACCUCGGAAUUGUUCUAUUCCGGCGGCGAAGAUGGAAAUAUUGUGCUCUGGAAAUCAAACCGAGGCUCAUUAAAUGUUCCAACAGAGUUCUGGAAUUACCAAGAAAAAUUGAAUGUGUUACAUGAUCCAAAUAUCGAAAUUGACAUGACAGUGGAAAAGGAUAUUGCAUUUGAAUCAGAACACGGGAUCCCAACUGAUUUCAACAAAACCCCAGAAACGGAAGCCGAAUUUGGCAUCCAGAAGGAAUCAAAAAGAAGGAACCAUACUCAUGAUAGAAAUAAUGAGAAGAAAAGGAAACUGAAGUCCCAUAGGUUUACUCCGUACUAG